GAGAGACCAACCUUAACAGUUAUCUUCAGUAAGAGCCACAGCUCCUCCCCCAGUUCAUAAGGAAGCUGGAAGCAGAUAUCUCUACAAAUAAGCAGGCAAAUAAUAAAUUACUUUCCAUAGUUUGACCCUUUACUUUGAUCCAGCCAAAAGUAAUUAGUUGGGUCUUCUGCCACGAGCUCUUCACAAUAAUUGCUGCUGACCUAUGAGAUAUUCAAGAUUCUUUAGGAAUAGAUUUGUAUCCUUUCUCUCCGUCUGCAAGAAGAGUUUUUGAUGGAUGCUGACACCUUCAGGUAAGAUUCUCUGGGAUAUGGAAAGAAUCAACAGCACACUGUUGACUGCGUUUAUCCUGACAGGAAUUCCUUAUCCACUCAGGCUAAGGACACUCUUUUUUGUGUUCUUUUUGCUAAUCUACAUCCUGACUCAGCUGGGAAACCUGCUUAUUUUAAUCACUGUCUGGGCAGACCCAAGGCUCCAUGCCCGCCCCAUGUACAUCUUUCUUGGUGUUCUCUCAGUCAUUGAUAUGGGCAUCUCCUCCAUCAUUGUCCCUCGCCUCAUGAUGAACUUCACUUUAGGUGUCAAACCCAUCCCAUUUGGUGGCUGUGUUGCUCAACUCUAUUUCUAUCACUUCCUGGGCAGCACCCAGUGCUUCCUCUACACCCUAAUGGCCUAUGACAGGUACCUGGCAAUAUGUCAGCCCCUGCGCUACCCUGUGCUCAUGACUGCUAAGCUGAGUGCCUUGCUUGUGGCUGGAGCCUGGAUGGCAGGAUCCAUCCAUGGGGCUCUCCAGGCCAUCCUAACCUUCCGCCUGCCCUACUGUGGGCCCAAUCAGGUGGAUUACGUCUUCUGUGACAUCCCUGCAGUGUUGAGACUGGCCUGUGCUGACACAACAGUCAACGAGCUGGUGACAUUUGUAGACAUUGGGGUGGUGGUUGCCAGUUGCUUCUCCCUGAUCCUCCUCUCCUACAUACAGAUCAUUCAGGCCAUCCUGAGAAUCCACACAGCUGAUGGGCGGCGCCGGGCUUUUUCAACUUGUGGAGCCCAUGUAACCGUGGUCACCGUGUACUAUGUGCCCUGUGCCUUCGUCUACCUGAGGCCUGAAACCAACAGCCCCCUGGAUGGGGCAGCUGCCCUAUUCCCCACGGCCAUCACUCCUUUCCUCAACCCCCUUAUCUACACUCUGCGGAACCAAGAGGUGAAGCUGGCCCUGAAAAGAAUGCUCAGAAGCCCAAGAACUCCGAGUGAGGUUUGAAAGUGUCUUUCUCCCACUAGGGAAGCUGUCACAAUUAGAAUUUAUUAUAAUGUUUAGGCUUCGGUAACUUUUUUCUUUUCUUCUUGUUUUUUCUCUUUUAUAUAGCCAUACUGUAUGAUCAAACACAGUUUAAGGUAAAAUACUAACUUUCUAACAGUUCCUUAGUAUCCUCUCAACAUAACUCUCAGCCACUGCAAGAGUAGAGAAUGAGACCAAAUUCUCACAAACUAAACCACAUUAAACAAUCCAGAAGAAAGAAUGCAAUAGUGUAUUUUCCAAUGUCUCAGUAAUAAAUUCUCCCACACCAAAACGUAGAGUUCAAUAUGAUAUUUCCCAAUAUUAUAUUUGAUAUUUAAUAUUGACUGUCAAUAUUGAGUGUCAAUUUGAUUGGAUUGAGGGAUACAAAGUAUUGAUCCUGGGUGUGCCUGUGAGGGUGUUGCCAAAAGAGAUUAACAUUUGAGGGCUGGGAAAGGCAGAUCCACCCUUAAUCUGGGCAGGCGCAACCUAAUCAGCUGCCGGCGAGGCUAGAAUAUAAGCAGGCAGAAAAAUGUGAAAAGAAAGACUGGCCUAGCCUCCCAGCCUACAUGUUUCUCCUGCGCUGGAACCAUCCUACCCUCAAACAUAAAACUCCAAGUUCUUCAGUUUUGGAAUUUGGACUGGCUCUCCUUGCUCCUCAGCCUGCAGAUGGCCUAUUGUGGGACCUUGUGACCAUGUGAGUGAAUACUUAAUAAACUCCCCUUUACAUAUAUAUAAAUAUAUAUAUAUAUUUUCCCAUUAGUUCUGUCCCUCUAGAAAACCCUAACGCUGGGCGCGGUGGCUCACGCUUGUAAUCCCAGCACUUUGGGAUGCUGAAGCAAGCGGAUCACGAGGUCAGGAGAUCGAGACCACAGUGAAACCCCGUCUCUACUAAAAAUACAAAAAAAUUAGCCGGGUGUGGUGGCGGGCGCCCGUAGUCCCAGCUACUCAGAGAGGCUGAGGCAGGAGAAUGGCGUGAACCUGGGAGGCGGAGGCUGCAGUGAGCCAAGAUCGCACCACUGCACUCCAGCCUGGGCGACAGAGGGAGACUCCGUCUCAAAAAAAUUAAAAAAAAACAAAGAGAACCCUGACUAACACAGGGGUGAAAGAUAAAAGACUACAUAUUGGGUACAGUGUACACUGCUUGGGUUAUGGGUGCACCAAAAUCUCAGAAAUCACCACUAAAGAACUUAUCCAUGUAACCAAAAACCACCUGUACUCCAAAAACUAUUGAAAUAAAAUUUUCUUAAAAAGC